AUAUAACACACCAUUCAGAGAACUGAGAAGACCAUAAAGAAACUAGACAGUGAAAGAGCAAUUGGAGGGGAAAAAGAGAGAAUGAAGAAGGCUACCUCGCUAUCGGAACUGGGAAUCACAGACGACAUCUCAAAGGCCUUCUUCCGGCCAAUCCAAUCGGCGGCGCCACCGUCGCCAUCGAAGCGGCGCACAAAGGUCUCAGUGAUCGGGGCCGGAAACGUCGGUAUGGCAAUCGCACAAACGAUCCUCACCCAAGAUCUCGUAGACGAGCUCGCUCUGGUCGACGCCAAACCAGACAAGCUCCGCGGCGAGAUGCUGGACCUCCAGCACGCCGCCGCCUUCCUCCCUCGCACCCGCAUCUUCGCCGACACCGACUACGCCAUCACCGCCUCAUCAGAUCUCUGCAUCAUCACCGCCGGCGCAAGGCAAAUCCCAGGAGAAUCACGGCUAGAUCUACUCCAAAGAAACCUAGAUCUGUUCCGAAUCAUCGUCCCGCCGCUGGCGAAGUACUCGCCAGAGGCGUUACUGUUGGUGGUCUCCAACCCCGUGGAUGUCUUGACAUACAUUGCUUGGAAGCUCUCAGGGUUUCCGCCCAACAGAGUGAUCGGAUCUGGGACGAAUCUAGACUCCUCUCGGUUCCGAUUCCUGCUGGCCGAUCAUCUAGAGGUGAAUGCCCAAGAUGUGCAAGCGUAUAUGGUGGGGGAGCACGGGGAUAGCUCGGUGGCGCUGUGGUCAAGCAUCAGCGUAGGGGGGGUGCCGGUGCUGGGAUCGCUGGAACGGCAUCAGAUCGAGUAUGAGGAAGGGGUGCUGGAGAAGAUCAGGAAGGCGGUGGUGGAGAGCGCGUACGAAGUGAUACAAUUGAAAGGGUAUACAUCGUGGGCGAUUGGGUACUCGGUGGCGAGCUUGGCAAGAUCGUUGUUGAGGGAUCAGAGGAGGAUUCAUCCGGUGUCGUUGCUGGCGAAGGGGUUCUAUGGGAUUGAUGAGGAGAAGGAGGUGUUUCUUAGUUUGCCAGCGCAGUUGGGGAGGGGUGGAGUGCUUGGGGUUGCGAGUGUGCAUUUGACGGAGGAGGAGGCGAAGAGGCUGCGUUGCUCUGCAGAUACGCUCUGGGAAAUACAGCAGAAGCUUGGCAUCUAGUUUUAAAUUAUAUAUGUGUUGUUUUUGUAUUUUGGAUGCAUGUAUCGUGGUAUGUAUUUUGCUUUGUCUAUGACUCAUGUUAUUUUAAUAUUUUCCCUAUUUUAAGAAUGAUUUUUGGUAUGUUUUAUUUAGGGGUAGUUUCA